GGCUCCACGUAAGAAGCGUUCUGAUGGUAUGGCGAAUAUGGAACCUAUGGACAUACAGAACAAUGACACUACUUUGUUUGAAGGAGAUAUUAAACUUACUGAAGAACAAAGAGAAUACAUAAAUAAUGCUCGUAUUGGAGGUGCUGAGACGAGGACUAAACGAAAGGCAGCCAUCAGGUUAUAUAAUAUAUGGGAGACUAAACAAGUCCCAUAUUUUAUUUCAUCAGGUAUCAAUGAGAUCAAGCGCACGCGGAUUGAAGAGGUGAUUGCUUAUAUGCAAGAGGAAACAUGCAUACAGUUCAAUGAAUUGGGAGACCCUGGUCAACAUUUUGGAAGUUAUCUUAAUUUCAUCAGUGAUUCCGGGUGCUAUUCAUACAUUGGACGAUUAAGCGGACAAGUCAACACUGUUUCUAUUGGAGAUGGAUGUGAAACUUUUGGUAUCGUCUUCCAUGAAGUAUGCCACGCCCUCUCCUUCUUUCACGAGCAAUCCCGUCCAGAUCGAGAUGAUUACGUCACAAUCAUUUGGGAUAACAUCCAAUCAGGCUCCGAGAAUAACUUCAAUAUGUAUGACACCAGUCUUAUCAAUACAUAUGGUAUACCGUAUGAUACUGAGUCCAUCAUGCAUUAUUCUAGCACGGCCUUUUCUAUUGACCCUAAUUAUUUGGACAAGCACGAUAGAAGACCAACAAUAGUGACCGUUGAUCCACUGGAGAUGCCUUACUUAGGAAACCGGGUUGGUCCCACACAUAGUGAUCUUAAGCUUCUGAAUCUUGUCUAUAGCUGCUCAGAUUCUUGUGAACCUGAUAUGUCAUGUAUGAACGGCGGUUACCUGAAUAAACUCUGCGCAUGUACAUGCCCUCCUCGGUACACUGGAGUUCAAUGCGAAUCAGAUAUUGGCGACAGUAAUGAUGCACGUUGCAUUAUUACUAAGACUGUGGAAGAUGGAUUAACUGGUAGUAUUACUUCUCCAGGCUACCCAUUAAUGUAUGAUUCAAAUACACUAUGUCAAUAUCUAAUCACGGUAAGUUCAUCUUAUUGUACGGUUGAAAAAAUAACCAUCCUACAUUAUCUAGACCCUUAAUCAUUGAAUUUAUAGCUAUAAUGAUAGACUGUGUAUGAUUUGGCGACACAAAAGCUAUGUGUUCUAUGAUCAGAGUUUUGAAGAUAUGACUAUUUGGUCAGACUGUUCAAUUUUAAUUUUGAUAAAUAUUCUGAAGAUGUUUUACGCAAGAAAAAAGUGGUACUGAACUCAAUGGGUCAGAUACAUAAAAAGUAGCAAUUGCUUUUGCUAGAUUCUGUAUGGCAUUGCAGAAAAAUGAGCGAGCAAAUGAUUUUGCUAGUAAGUUCAAGCAAUCGCUAACUAACUGCUAGCGUUUGAUUCACGAUUAAGCUAUUGCUAAAAAGCGUAUGCAUAACACGAACAUUUUGCUUAAUCAGGACGUUCUCGUAUUAUAAUCAGGUUUAUGUAACUGAGAGAGAACCCGAAGGUGUACAAUAGCCUACAUGUACAUGUUUUCUUCCUAGUAAGUGCAAACUGAAUGCCAACUAUAUAAUCUUUUUAAUUAGAAACGAGAAAAGUCUGACACCACGUCCAUAGGCGGAUCCAGGGGGGGGGGGUGUGGGGCCCGCCCCCCCUAUUGGCGGAGCUAAAACUAGAAAAAAGGGGGAAAGAAAAAAAAGAAAAAGAAAGGAAAAGAAAGGAGAAAAAAGAAUGGGAACAUUAAAGGAGGAAGGCGAGUGAAUAAAAUAAGAUGAGGGGAAGACUUGGAAAAUAAUUUUUAAAAUCUUUCAUGCCACUGUACAGUAAACAAAUUUCGCUCGCGCUUCGCGCUUGCAUUGUCUUUUAGGUGAUUUAUAUAUCUUGCUCAAUAUGGAGCUUAAAUAUCAAAUUUCGUAGUCAAUUUAAAAACAUAUUUCAGCUCCGAUAUUCGAACUUUCAUUAUUUUGUUUCAUUUACAGAUUGAUUUUGAAAAAGUGCUCUGUAAGAAUUUAUGUUUUAUCUUCUGAAUUGAUUUGUCAGGUACCUAUUAUCUUCCUGUAUUCCAUUAAGUUUUCAAAUAUCCCUAUUCAGGUCAAAUUGUCAAAACGUAAUAGUUAGCGCUGCACAUGCACUCGCAUUUUGAUUGGUGAUUUGAUAUGUUAAUGUCAAUGUUAAUUCUAUAACAAACUACUAAAAAUCACCAUUUCAUGACAGUUUAUCAAAAAUUUCGGCUCGCGAUUUGCGCUCGCAUUGAUUGUUGAAAAUAUAUAAUAACUCAUGCAUCUUAUUUUAUGAUUACAAAAGUGCUUGAAAUGUCCAGUUUUCAGGCCAUAAUAAAUUAACAGAUUUCGCGCUCUCAUUAGGCUUAUUAAAUUAAUAGAUGAGAUAUUAAAUUAAUAAAGAAAAUUGCCCCCUUUUUCAGAAUGGAAUAUCGACAAGUUUCAUCUCCCGCUUAGGAAGAGAAAUAGGAAGAUUAUCAUUUUCAUAUGAUGACAUAAUGUUCUUAGAAUGUCCCUGUCCUAUGUCAAAACUCAAAGUAAUAAUAAUGAAACAUAUCAGAUCUUUUUUAAAACUGUGAUUCAUAUCCACCUCAUAAUUUUCAUACAAAGUGCUUGAAAUACAGAGCUUAAAUUGACCCUUUUUCAGAUUGGAAUAUCAAAUAUUUUAAGCUCGAGCUUCGCGCUCGAUUUUCAUGAUAAAAAAGGGCCAAUGCCCAGAUUCUAUGUCGAUAUCUGAAACACGCGCACGCAUGUUUAUUCAGAUACGCAGCUUGUUUCCAUUCAAUCAUUACGAGCCUAUAUAUCCAGUUUCAGAUCAGAAUAUCAAAAUUUUUCUGCUCACCCUUUGCGCUCGCAUUAUUAAUGUAGUAAAUUAUGUAUAAGUUAUACCCAAAUUUUUCAUGAUUUACAAAACAUGAAGAGUGUCCCGUUUUAAGGUUUGAAAUCUCAUUUUUUUUCGCUCGCGCUUCGCGCUCGCAUUAUUUAAUCAUUGAAAUAUGUAUCGUCUUAAUGGCUAACUGCAAAUCGUCCUUAACAGGUCUCUUUUCGACAAGACCAGAACGCAUUAUAAAAAUUUCGGCUCGCGCUUCGCGCUCGCAGUAAUGAUCUAGUUACAUACGCAUCUUCUUCAGGUUUACAAACAUUGCCCAAAAUAUUCGACUUAAUUUUCAGGACAAAAUACAUGAAAUUUCAAAAUUGUUUAGCUCGCACUUUGCGCUCACACUAUUUUACUAGGGCUUAUGAAUUUAUUACACAUUUAUGUUGUUAUAACGCUAAAAAAUUACUGUUAGGACAUGGGCGUUUUGCCCCCCUCCCCUAAAAAAAAGAAAAAAUUUCACGAUCACG